UGCCCAGCCCGGCCCGGCAGAGGCGGCAGGAGGAGGAGGAGGAGGAGGAGGAGGAGGAGGAGGGCGGCGCAGAGCGCAGACAUGGCGGCCAACAUGUACCGAGUGGGAGAUUAUGUUUAUUUUGAAAAUUCUUCCAGCAAUCCAUAUCUCAUUAGGAGAAUUGAAGAACUUAACAAGACUGCCAAUGGGAACGUGGAAGCGAAAGUGGUGUGUUUUUACAGGCGAAGAGAUAUUUCUAACAGCCUUAUAAUGCUUGCAGAUAAGCAUGCUAAAGAAGUUGAAGAAGAGUCUGAAACUACAAUUGAGGUUGAUUUGACUGAUAAACAGAAACAUCAGUUGAAGCACAGAGAGCUUUUCCUUUCUCGCCAGUAUGAGUCCCUACCAGCAACGCAUAUCAGGGGAAAAUGCAGCGUUGCACUUCUGAAUGAGACAGAAUCUGUGCUGUCAUAUCUGGAGAAAGAGGAUACUUUUUUUUAUUCAUUGGUGUAUGAUCCAUCAUUGAAAACACUUCUAGCAGACAAGGGAGAAAUCAGAGUGGGUCCUAGAUAUCAAGCAGAUGUGCCAGACAUGCUUGUGGAAGGACAAUUAGAUGACAGAGAACAGGCAAAGCUGGAAGUUAAAGUAUGGGAUCCAGAUAGCCCCCUUACUGACCGUCAGAUUGACCAGUUUUUAGUUGUAGCACGCGCGGUGGGCACGUUUGCUCGAGCCUUGGACUGCAGUAGUUCUGUCAGGCAACCCAGUUUACACAUGAGUGCAGCUGCAGCUUCCCGAGACAUCACACUGUUUCACGCAAUGGACACACUGCAUAAACACAACUAUGAUCUGAGCAGUGCCAUCGGUGUUCUGGUGCCACUGGGAGGGCCUGUCUUGUGUAGAGAUGAAAUGGAGGAGUGGUCAGCAUCAGAAGCUAGUUUAUUUGAAGAGGCUUUGGAAAAGUAUGGCAAGGACUUCAAUGACAUUCGACAAGACUUUCUCCCUUGGAAGUCUCUGACUAGCAUCACUGAAUAUUACUACAUGUGGAAAACCACUGACAGAUAUGUGCAGCAGAAACGUCUGAAAGCAGCUGAAGCAGAAAGUAAAUUGAAGCAAGUAUACAUCCCCACCUACAAUAAACCAAAUCCCAAUCAAAUAUCCAGCAACAAUGGGAAACCUGCUGCAGUCAACGGAGCAAUGGGAGCCUCUUACCAGGCACAAGCCACAGUAAUAGGUCGGGCUUGUGAAAGCUGCUAUACUCCGCAGUCUCACCAAUGGUAUUCUUGGGGCCCUCCUAAUAUGCAAUGUAGGUUGUGUGCAUCUUGCUGGAUUUAUUGGAAGAAAUAUGGUGGCUUGAAAAUGCCCACACAGACAGAUGAAGAUAAGCUGUCUUCCAGCCAACCUACAGAGGAGUCGCAUGUCCGAACCCACCUGUCCCGGCAGGCCACGCAGGGCACCCCGGUGCGUAACACGGGCAGUCCCAAGUCGGCGGUGAAAACACGGCAGGCUUUCUUUCUGCACACCACCUGUUGGACAAAACUGGCCCGUCAGGUCUGCAAAAAUACCCUCCGGCUGCGGCAGGCAGCACGACGUCCCUUUGUCCCUAUUAACUGUGCUGCCAUUAAGGCAGAAUAUGCAGAUCGACAUUGUGAACUUGCUGGGAAUCCUCUGAAGAUAAAAAGCACCAGAAAACCACUGUCAUGUAUCAUUGGCUAUUUAGAGAUACAUCCUGCCGUGAAACCCAGUGUAAUCAGGUCAACACCAAGCCUUCAAAGUCCAAGUGCAAAACGACUGCUUGCACCCUCCAACCACUCUUCAUUAAGUAUUUUGGGGAAAAGAAACUACAGCCAUCAUAACGGGCUUGAUGAAUCACCCAGCCAUACAACAAGAACAAUCAUGCAUGCUGCUCCCCACAUCCAUAUGACUAAUGGUAGGGCCUUGCAAGCCAGUGCAAGUGCCAUUAAGACAAGCACCAUUCCAGUCAUCAAGAGACAGAGGCAAAAUUGGCUUGAUGCUUCAGAUGAUGGUUUCUUUAUAGCUACAGAAGAGACCAGAAAAAUCCGUAAGAAGUUCACCAGGUCACAGCUGAAAAGAGCUUCCAGAACACCUUGUUCUCCGAUCAUUGCAAAGACAAAGUCUCUCAUGAACAAUAGGCAGGCCCGAACAGAGCCAGGAUCCAUCAUACACUGAAGAUAUAACACCAUCAGCACCAUAAUAAUGUCAAAAUCAUGUUUAAUUGUGAAUGCGGACAUAACGGGACUUCCCACAUCUGUGAGACAGAAAUGUUUUGUGGGCAUAUUGUGGCCGGGUUCUGUGUUCUGGGCAGGUUCCAACAGCAGCCCUUGUUUUCCCUGAUCUUUGCAAGGGCUACUUCUGGUUCAUUGCACAGGCCUAUCCCGGAUUCCCUCUGUUCCCAGACAACAGUGUUGGCUGGUCAGGGAGGGACUGUUUGCACUGGUCCCACUGAAUUGAUGCAGAGUCCACCCAUCACAUUUGUCUAUGCCUUCUAGUGGCUCAACAAAAAUAUGCAGCUUUCAAAACUAUUGCAGUGUCAUUAAAAUGGGAUUUAGCCUUGAGGUGUUGCAUUUUCAAACAGACCUGCAAACUUGGAGUGUUCAUAUUUUUCAGUAUUGGCUUGAGUAUCACCUUGGAUUUGAUUUUCUAUACUGAAUGUCCACAAGGACAAGGUAUUGUUCAGCAGUUCUGAAACUUAGACUGAAUUAGGAAAUGCCCAUAAUUAGUGUCCAAUUUUGAAAAUGUUUGUCAUAUUAGCUCUGUUUAAAAUCCUGGAGAGAAUUGUGUGUGAUAGUAAAUAUCCAGCUGGACUAGUUGCAUGUGUAGGAGCUGGUCUCAUUGUCUGUAUUUGAAAGCAUCUUUCUGUUUCUUUGGGUAUUUUUUACCUCUCUUGAAGCCUAUUCUGAACAGUGAAAACCAGCAUAACACCAUUCCCAGAAUACAUGAAGAAACAGAUUAUUUCCUAUUAGUAAUGUCUCUCCACAAAAUAAUUUCUACAUUUUUAUAUGUCUGGAUAAAGAAGUCUUGCAGAAUGCUUUGAAUUCAUAAAUGUAAGGCUACAGAUGGAUACUUACCCUGGAGAGAUGAUGUGCCUUUUGAAACUACUUGUAGGAAACUGUCAGUCUCCCUGAAGGUGGGAAUGGCAACAGAGGCAGGUCUUUUUUUCUACUCAGGUACUUACAGGUGAACAAUCUCUGCCCAACUUUGAAAUCCAGAGAAAUCCAGUGUGGAGCACUGCUGUGUUAACCUAGUUGGAAUAAAUCAAUCAUCUGAGGCAAGUUGUCCUUCAAUAGGUUUGGAUUCCAUAUGGCUUUUAAAGAUAUAGUCAGACACUGAACAUGUCUGAGAUGAGCUUCAAGACCUUUUUUUGUCUCCCUUUACUAGGUAGCUCUAACAGCAUGGCACAGAUGUGAGGUUUUCAUCCAGUUGUGGUUAGAAAGACAGGGAUCUAAGUAACAUCUCAUACUUCUGGGUGAUCCCUCCAAAAUGAUUUCCCCCUGUGCAUUUUAUUGUUUCAGUCUGAAAGAGCAUCUGUGAUCUCGGCCUAAAACUAGCCAUACUCCCCACAUAGAAUUCUGAGCUCCUAAGACAGUGACCUAGAUGCUUCUUUAAAGAAGAAAGCACUCUGACCUCUUGAAGGGACUUGCUGAUGAUUUCCAUAAUGAUGAAUCCAGGUUUUGUCCACUGUCCUUCACCAGCAAGAAAAGGGUGGAUACGAAGAGAGGUUGAUGACAUGAAGUGCUUGCUCCUAGUGCCCUGAACAUUUUAGCGAAUGUCAUUGAUUCACACUCAGUUGGAGAAGACCUGGAAUUCAUCUACCUACAGUACUUUCCAGUAGCCAGUGAAAUGUGCAGCCCUAGGAGUCUUCUGGGCACCGGAUCUGCAUUUUCCUCUAAACAGGAGGGUUUUUUAUUAGAUAGCUGAGUGGAGACAACCUACUCUUAUUAUUAAGAAUUGCCUUUAUUAACUUCAACAUAUGGAAACACCUUCUGUAUAAUAGCUUCUUCACCCAUUAAAAUAAAGAAAACAUGAUUAUUCAGCAAUCUGUUUGACUGAAAGUAUGAAAAACAUGAACAUAAUGAGCUUUGUCUCCCUCAGACAUCAGUGAAAUCACACACAGCAGACUCAUUUUCAAAGUGUUGUUAGCUGUAAGGUGGUAGAUUUUUUUUUACCCUACCUUAUUAAGCUUGUACUCAAAUGAUUUCUUUUAGUCAGUGUGCUCCAGUAUCUAGACAGUAUUUUGUAAAAUCUCUGUGUGUUCCUGCUUUUGCCAAAAGUAUUAUUAUAGUAAUAGUCCGAUGUGAAGUCCUUCGACUGUCCUGCACGCAGCUGCAGGGAGACAUCCUCUCUCCUACACUGCACACAGUGCACAGACAAACUGCACACCAUGCGUUGCACCUUAGUUUUUCCCUGCUCUCUCUUCAUCUUCAUUUGUUCCUCAAGAUGUUCUCCAGAGAUGGAUGCAGGAUUUAUCUGUGAAUUUCGACUGAGAGCGUGGAUGGAAGAUUUGCUCAAGUUGUGUCCCUCCUGCUGGGUUUGGGCAUGAUGAUUUAAAUUUUUGUAGGAAUUGUGAAACUCCUCAUCGCAAUAUCACAUAAUUCCACACUUUCUGUUGAGUCAAAGUAUUUUUCACUGGCUGUGAGCAAAGAUGACACAUUCCUCUGUAAACUGAAACAGUAUGUCCACAACAAAUCAGAGUUCUGUACUUUUUUAUUGAUCUUCCCAAGUUACUUACUUUAAAACCAGCCAACAUAUAUCAGUCAUCAACAAUGACACUGAGUAUAAACAUGAACCUUGUAAGCAAGGACAAGAAGUUUGGUACUUACCAUGAUGUGAGAGAAUCAAGGCAGCAACAGCACUGCAUUUGCAAUGUGAUUUAUUUUUUGUUAGCUAAAUAAGAAAUCCUUCUGAAAAUUUGCCUCUCCACUUACAAAUAUGAGGCUUAAAAACCAUGCAAAAUGCACAACUUCUUUGUGUCCAGAGGCCUCAUGCAGAAAGUAGAAAGAUUGUUUUAAUGUUUAAAAUGUCUGCAUUGCCAUUUUCAACUAUAUAGCUGCUCUGCUCUCUUUAAAUAUUGUGCAUACUGUUUUCAGAUUAUUUUUUAAAGGCCCCAACUUAGUGGUGGAGGUUUUGAUUCUGUAGGAUGGUAAAGAAUGUUUUGAAAUACUUGAGAUUGCCUGAAAUGUGUUGGUCAUACGAAAACAUCUUUAAAAACAGUGUUUUGAUUAAAGGCAAAUAUAGCCUUUGUUUCUGCAGUCCAAAUCUUACAGCAUAUUAUGAAAAACUGGGAAUUGGAACUGAAAUGUAGAACCAACAAGGAGUAGAAAUGGUGAAAUGGAGCCUGCACUUACAGAAUGUGCACUUUUUAGUAAUCUAAAGUAAGAUUUAUUUUUAUUAAUAAAUAUAAUUUCAACAGAGAUACUUUCCUAAUUAAGAAGGCUUAAAUAAAAUGGAAUGGCUGCACAGUAGUUUCUGAUAUAGUCACAGUGUAACAUGUCACAGCCUUUUGCAGAGAACAAUUAUAGUCCUUCAGAAAUACUAUACUACUGGACACAGUGUCUUCAUGUAUAUGUACUGCUAUGGUAAUGGAAUUGUUAGAAUCCUUUGGAAAUUGCAGCAAAAUAAUAUUAAUUUUUCAUUUUCUUUUGAAGCUUCUUUAUAUAAACCUGUGUCUUCAUAAGCCAGAGGGAUUGUCAAAAGAACUGAGUUUAUAUAACUGCAUAGUGGAUUUUUUUGGAGUAAGUUCAGGACUUUUUUUAUUCAAAUGUUGCAUGUUGAGGGAGGAACCUUAAUUUUGGAAUACAUGGGUUUUGGAUAAGAGUUUUGAGGAUGUACUAUAUAGUGAUCAACAAAUUUGCAGAAUAUGCUCCUGUUGCUCAUGAUGAUUUAACAGUUGGUAUUGAAAUACUGUAUUGAUUAAAUAAAAAAACCCCAAACAUUAAAGAGUUGUCUUUUACAAUUUCUGCUGUUUAGACUAACAGUAAAUUUCUCAAUGGGAUGGUAAAACUGGGAAGCUCAGUGUUGGAUGUUUGAGAAUGUGGAGCACCUUAGAAUGAAAGAGUACUAUUUGAUUUGCAUUAAAGUGUCUUUGUGUACAAA